CAUCUGCUGAGAGAUAUUUCUUCUUCCGGGUUAAUACUUCUUCCUUUCCUGUCGGCCAUUUAUCGUAUACGAUUUGUAGGCGACCACCUGAACAACCUGUAAACAUGCAGAACGACGCUGGUGAAUUUGUGGACCUUUACGUCCCACGUAAAUGCUCUGCUAGCAACAGAAUCAUUGGAGCAAAGGACCACGCCUCCAUCCAGAUGAACAUUGCUGAGGUGGACAAGGUGACUGGUCGCUUCAACGGUCAGUUCAAGACCUACGCUAUCUGUGGCGCCAUCCGCAGAAUGGGUGAGUCUGAUGACUCCAUCCUGAGGCUGGCAAAGAAUGAUUCUGUUGUCGCAAAGAACCUCUAAGUGUGACGCUGGAGCAGUGGAAACUUUGUAAAAAAUAAAAUGGGGGAAAAAAACUUUUGUUGCAAUUGUCAUUUCUCUACAACGAAUGAAAGACCCAAACUGUGUUCCUUACAUGAGUGUGUCAAGACACUGUCUUAGUCUAUGUUUUGUACCAAUCUUCAACUCACUGGACACUUUGAUGUUUCCAUGGUGAGACCUGAAAAUGAUGUGAGGUUUUUUGAAUCAUGGAGCCAGUAGACUCCUAUUCCCUGAAUUCAUUAAAUCUGUGGCUUUAAAUUGGUGAAGUUUUGGUUUAGAAAUGGUUGUAAUAAAGACGAUGUAUAGUCAACA